UGCAACUCUUAAUGAGAAAGAGUGGUGAUAAAUAUUGGAAGGCCCUAUCAUGUCACUCAGUGGUGGCGUUUUGAUCCAAAUUUGAAAGAUUAUAUCAACCAAAAGUAAUUUUAGCAAAGUCGAGCAAUUCAGUGUAAACAAGAGAUUUACAAUCCCAACAACGCCGUUUUAAGUGUGGGAAUUUAUCACCACUGCCGAUGACAAAUUUCGAUAAGCUGUAACUGUAUAUCGGACUACUGAAAUUUAAUUCUUAAAAACCACCCCAUUGAACAUUGUACUUUGAUAUCGCAGUUAAAUCCGAGAUUGGGCUGCUGUUUAAUAAUCUGCGCAAUACAGGCAGCGAAUAGUAAUGUACAUGUAGCUUUAAAACUGAACUACUUCAUUGGAUUUAAUUAAUGUUCUUCAUUAUUUGAGUUAAAAAAAAAAAAACGGAAUGGAUGACGUUGUUAAGCUUGAUGUUGGCGGCUGCUUGUAUACCACCACGCGGUCGACUAUGAUUCGGUACCCAGACUCUAUGCUGGGCAAAAUCUUCAUCAGCCGUCAGGGUACCCCAUCUACUGACGCGCAUGCCCGUGAUGACGACACAGCCUACGUCAUUGACGGAGACGGGCCCAUCUUCCGCCAUGUCCUCAACUUCCUCCGACGAGGCAGGUUGAUUCUACCGGAGGACUUCAAGGAGUGGGACGUGCUUUCCACGGAGGCCGACUUCUACCAACUGAAAGAGCUGACGGACGCAGUUAGGGAGCUAGCCGCACGGAAAGACAGAUUGGAAAUCAUGGAAAUCGCCGUCUGUGGGAACCAGUUCACCUUCACUGGUAGCCGCGAUACCCUGGAGCGCACGCCGCUCCUGUUGCAGUUUCUUGGUCGGCAUGACAGUCUGCGAGACGGUUUCCCGCUCAGGAGAAGCGACAUCUUGGAGAGUGUCGGCGAGAAGGGACGGUACGGCGUCUCGCUGGUGGAGGGUGAUUUCAGCGGAUACCGAGUGGAGAUGUUUCAGCAGAUAUCGGAGCUGGGAUUCGAAUUGAAGACAGCAACUAAUCUGGUUAACGGAACUUGCCAGGGAGUGACAUGGACUUUUGCGAGAAGGAACUGCAAUAAAUAG